UCUGCAACUGGGGGGGGGGGGGGGGGAGACAGCCCGGUGCCAGUCACCCGAAUCGAGGAGCCCAUCCGACCCGCCGCCCUCAGCUAUGCCAAUUCCAACCCGAUGAACCCCUUCCUGAACGGCUUUCACCCUCCAAGCAGCCGAGGAGUCUACCCAAACCCCGAUCUGAUCUUCAGCGACCCCCCCAACCCCGUCCACCCGGUGCCCACCGCCCUGGCACCUCAUCCGCUACCCAACAGCCCGCACCCCAUCUUCACGUCCCAGCAGAGGGACCCCUCAACCUUCUACCCUUGGCUUAUCCACCGGUACCGCUACCUGGGCCACCGCUUCCAGGGCAAUGACACCAGUGCGGAGAGCUUCUUGCUGCACAAUGCUCUGGCCCGGAAACCCAAACGGAUCCGAACCGCCUUCUCCCCGUCCCAGCUCCUCCGGUUGGAGCACGCCUUCGAGAAGAACCAUUAUGUGGUGGGAGCGGAGAGGAAGCAGCUGGCCCACAGCCUCAGCCUGACCGAGACCCAGGUGAAGGUCUGGUUCCAGAACAGAAGGACGAAGUUCAAGCGACAGAAAUUGGAGGAGGAAGGCUCCGACUCUUCCCAGAAAAAGAAGGGGGCCCACCACAUUAAUCGCUGGAGGAUCGCCACCAAACAGGCCAGUCCGGAGGAGAUCGACGUCACAUCGGACGAUUAA